UUGAGCCCAAAAAGGUGAGAAACAGAGAUAAAAAAAACUCAUGAAACUCGUCCGAUCCAGAGUACUUUGCCGGAGUUUCUUUGAAUUUGGCCGGAAAUAGCUUUGAAUCUUUUGGUUGCCGGUCAUCGUAUCUCUUCACGGCCGAGCGACGUAGAUACUUUCUGAAGCCGUUCGCCCGAUGGACGACCUUGUGGAGCUCAGUUACCUUGAUCCUUCGUUCUCAGUCUUGCCCAGGUAAGGCGAGCUUCCUCUUUCUCGAACAUGCUCUGUCUUAGCCCUGUCUUUCAAGAGCCUGAACUCGAUCGGCAAGUUAAUAAGUAAAUCAUGAUAAGCUGGGAUCGAUUGGCUGCAAGUGGCAUUGAUCUAAGUCUCUGUAUACCAUGAUUAGGCCGAGAGCCGCUGGAAAAUUAAAUUGGAAAAUCAUUGUCGAAGUUGCACGUCACUUGUUCGAUAAAAUGCUUAAGUGAGAUUUUGAUAUAGAUUGCGUGUGAUUCGCUUUUGACUUUAUUUUAGUCCGAAUUUGAUCCCUUUUCAUUGUAUUGCUUGCUCAUACUGACGUUGUUGCCUCGUUUUGUUCUUUUUAUGUUGCCAUUUACACAUCACCGAGUCGGCCAUGGACGAACUUCUUGCCAGAAAAUCCAUACCCUUAGCUGCAGUAGUCGGUCCUUUAUUUUUGUCUUGUGGUAAUGCUUCUGAAAUGGUUAGACCUGGCCUUUUAUUAGCUGAACAGUUGCUGUUGCCUGUUGCCACUUAACAACCUGGGACUACUCUAAUUAAAAAUCGAAAAAAAAAAUUGCAAAAGUAUAAUCCCAAAAAAAAUUGAGAUUUUUGUUAAGUAAUCAAAUAAACAAAAAACUCCAAAAAUCUUCAAGUGAAAUUAAAUGUUACAAAAGAAAUCAAAAGUAAUGGGAGGGGUGGAGUAAUUAGAGGAGAGUAUUCGAGUGGCUACAAAGGAAUUGGCUGCCUCGAUGUAGUAGAUGCCGUCCCAGCUCGCCUGGGGCGAUACCUCGUCACACACGGUGUAGCCACUCUGACCACAAGUAAUGUUGAGAUUGUAGUUGUACGGUGGCUUGCCAUUGCCGCAGCACGCCAUUAACAGCUUCUCAAAUCCUACCCAUAUUGCAAUGAGAAAAUAUUAUGUGGGUGAGAUGUGCCACGUCAUCGUGCACCCACCCAAUCAAGAUGCGACACGUGUCGCCAUGUGGUUCCACCUCGAGUCGGGGCCCACCAUUAUUUUUUCAAUCAAAUUUUUGUUGCUUCUCUCUCUCGUUAAAUGUUUCCUCCUUCUCUGCAUCAUUUCUCUCAUUCGCACGCAAGGAAGCAUCCCUUCCCCUCCCAUUUUCUCUUUCAAAAUUGUUUCUCUAUGUUAUGCAUCUUUCUCCAUGAAAACCGCUAUGCCUGCUCUCUCUUUGUUUUUCAAAAAUCUCCCUCAACCAAAGGCCUGCCAGUCGUCUCCAAGAUUGGCCACUUUUACUGUCGCCGUUAGGAGCCACUUGCUCCCAAGAACCCUGCCAAUCGUGGCUGGGUCCCAAACUCUGACCAACUCCACCUCAGCCUCUUUGGCGAGCGCGGACACCCAAAAGCCCACUAGUUGCCUCCAAGCUCGGCCGCCUCCGCCAUCACCCCAGGAGCCACUCGCUCUGAAGAGCCUUGCCCAUCAUGGUUGGGUCCCAAGCUCUGACCAUUUCCGCCUCGGCCUCUUCAACGAUCGAAAACACCAAAAGCCAACCGGUCACCUCCGAGCUCAAUCACCUCUGCCAGUCGAGCCAAGCGUGGCCGCCUCUGCUGUUGCCGUCAAGAGCCACUCACUCCCAAGAACUCCGUCGAUCGUGGUUGGGUCCCAAACUCUAACCAUCUAUGCCUUGGCCUCUUCGGCGAGCAUGGACACCCAAAAGCCCGCCACUUGCCUCCAAGCUCGACCGUCUUUGCCUUCACCACCAGGAGCUACUCGCUUUGAAGAGCCCUGCCGGUCAUGGCUACGUCCCAAGCUCGACCAUCUCCGCUUCGCCUCCUCGGUGAUUGCGGACACCCAAAAGCUCACCGGGUGCGUCCGAGCUUGGCCGCCUCCACCGUUGCCACUUGCUCCCAAAAACCCCGCAGGUUGUGGCUAGGUCCUAAGAUGUGAUCAUCUUUGCCUUGCCUUCUUUAGCAAGUGCAAACACUCAAAAGCCCACUGGUCGCCUCCGAGCUGCAAGGCGGUAGAUUAAAAUGGACUUGUAAUUAGUUCUUGGAAUAUUGUGGAGGUUGAGCAAUUCCAUUUUAAACUCAUCGCGACUGACAUUCAGGUUUGCUCGUGAUCAGUCAAUUAAUUCGCAUGUGUAAGGUUAUUCGAUGGCUGAAUCGGAGGUAAUCUUGAAGUCAUGCUAUGUAAAAGAUAUUUGCUUUUUCAAAAAUGGAUGGGAUGUUAUUUACUUGUAAAAGUAUUGUGUUGAUCAUUUUUUGUUCUUUGUUUGCAGCAUGAAACUACUCAUCUAGCACAUGUUAUUCGUGAUUUGAAAAAAUAUUUUGAGUUUACAAUAGGAAUGGUUUUUGCAAAUGAACUUGAAGCAUAUCAUAAAUAUGUGGCUUAUGCUAUAGGUAAAGGGUUUGGAGUGAGGAAGUCUAAGAUUAGAAAAAACGAUAAAGGAGAAAUGACUCGACGCACUUUUGUGUGUAAUUGUGAGAGAUAUUCUAUCAACUCAUUCGAUCAAGAAAAAAAAUAUGAAAGACUUGAAGUUAGAUAUGGUUGCCCUGCAUUUAUUAGAUUUAAAGUUGAGAAUGUCGCUUAUGAAGUCAUAGACUAUGUUCCUAGGCAUAAUCAUGAAUUUAUGUCGGAACAUCAAAGACAUUUGAUAAGAUGUAGAAGAAUGAUUUCUAACACUUGUAAUAGUGUUUUAGUUGUCAUGGAAAAAACUGGCAUUGUGGGUACUAUGGCAUAUAAGUUUUUGGCAAAUGAAGCAAGAGGAAGUCAAAACUUGAGUUCCAUCUUACGUGAUUGUCAAAAUCUUUUGCAAAGUUAAAGAUUAAAUUAUAUAGAUGGGGGAGAUUGUCAAAGUCUUCUGAAUCAUUUUCAUUGCAUACAAAUGCAAAAUCCAAUAUUUUUCUAUGCACAACAAGUAAUCAAGAUACUAAAUUGACCAAUAUGUUUUGGAAAGAUAAUUUGUCCAAAUUUGAUUAUGAUUGUUUUGCUGAUGUAAUGGUUUUUGAUACCACAUUUUGUACUAAUAGGUAUAACUUGAUAUGUGCACCUUUUGUUGGAGUUAAUCAUCAUUGGAAGAACACUUUGUUUGGUUGUGUGUUUUUGUUGGAUAAGAUUGCAAAUUCAUUUAUCUGGUUAUUUGAGGUGUUUAUGAAGUCUAUAGAAAAUAAGGCUCCAAAAACUAUUUUCACUUAUCAAGACCAAGUCAUGGCAAAAGCUAUCGAAUAGUGUUUCCGAACACUCAACACUACUUAUGCACUUGGCAUAUCGGGAAAAAUGCCAAUCAGAAUGUGAAGAAGUGACUAGUAAGACAAUCACCUUCUUUGGGUUAACUACUCUUAGACUUUACAAUUUGCCAAAAUUCAAGAGCUUCCUAUCAGAGAAAUAUUCUGCGGAAUUCCCAUCCUUAGAUGUCUUGAGUAGAACAGAGCUGGACCAUGGCAACCGAAGUGCGGGGGAAAGUGAGGACGAAAUUGAGCAGUUAGAAUGCGCAAUUGAGAAGGCAGACCACGAAAUUGACGUGGAAAGAGAGGGGGAAUAAUUAGUUUUAUGAAGUGAGCCACAAAAGUUUGUGAAUAUUGCAAUGAAUGGUGUCUGGCAAAACAAAAUGGACGUGUCUGGUAAUAUGAGAUUUUGUUUUUUUCUUCUGUAUUCUCUUCUACACUACCUGCGAAGUGUGUGUUUGUUUUCUUGGCUAUUCAUUUCUUUGGUUUGUCUCCUAGGCUACAAUGAUGAUAUUAGAAAAUGUAUGUGCUAUAAGCAUGUUCAACAAAACCACAAAGUUCUUCAUAUUUGAAAAAACUUUAUACCUGUCUAGUUUUUGUGAAGAAUCAAAUUUUCAUGAUGAUCAUUGUCCACACAUGCAUGCCCAUCCCCCAACCAAUAAGUUCUCCAUUAUGAAUUUGCAUUUUGGAGGGAAAGAAACUUAUAUUUAGAACUUCUAAGAGUCCUUAAUUUGCCCCUCCAACGUUGACACUUUAGUAUUGGACAAUGUUGUAGACAAGGAUUAGACAUUAGUCAAUAAACUCUGAAAAUUUUAGGACUCAAGCACAUUAUUGUGACAAUUUUUAGAAUUUGUGCUUUAAUUUUCCCUUUUUGUUUACAUUAAGUGAAACAUUAUUAUAGCAACCUUUGGCACGAAAUAUUGUAAGAUGAAAAGGAGUUAGAUUUCCGCAUUUAGCAUUCUCGUGCUUUCACAUUCUACAACUUGUUUGUACUUUACUUCAAUAUAUUUCAAUGAGAUGAGUGCAUCAGAAAUUCUAAAUUUUAUUAUGAAAGUUCAUUUGAGCUCAAAACUUUCACCCUUUAGUUUCAUUAAGUUAAAUAACGAAAAAUGCUGAUAUGAUUUUUAUUAAAAAUAUAAUUUUUUAA